CAGCAAACAGUGGGAAUAGCACACGUGUCUGGAAUGGAAUUCACCUCCAAGAACAUGUAUGACACAUUCAAAGAUGAAAUCUGGAAAGAGUUAGGACCACUGGACCCAAACUGGUUUGAGGUGCUGACAGCUCAGAUGUCUGCCGAUGAGGGAAGUGCGUCGGAUCAGGAGGACCUGUGUGCGAAUCAAGAGGGAAAUUUCAAAGCGACUUUAGACAAAACUGACGUGGACAGUCAACUGUUUUCAACCCCCAAAGUUUUCAGAUACGGUCGAAUCGUUUCGCCCCAAACUGAAGAUGAGCAUUCCUUCACUGAACAAGAAAAGGGAACAUUGCCAUGGAUGGCCACACACAGUCCGCAUGUCUUUGCAGUUUCAAAACAGGGGGUCACAGAUUUGAAAUAUGGAGGCCUCGACCCUCGGAGUGAGAUCAGCUUUGAUUUCCUGCGUACACCACGUAAAUCCCCUAGCAGCUACGCCAAGCAUAUUUCUGAAAGUCUGGGUGCACAGAUAAAUCCUGACUUUUCCUGGACCAGUUCUCUGAACACCCCUCCAGCUGUGCCCUCCACCCUGAUUUUAUCUAAAAAUGAAACCAGCCCCUGCCCAGCAAGCAUUUCUGCAGAAGAAAAUGUUGUUUUUGUCCGCAAGCUCUUCCCCUCUCUUUCAAAUCCAUCGAAAGCCAGCGUGAUACCGCCCUGGAGGAGUGAAAUCCCACCUGUUCUCCAAGGGAACACGGGUCAGCUAACCUCUAAAGAUGGCGUCCACUGGAAAAAGAAGGAAGAUGAAGGAGUACAUAUUGACGCUGCUGCUGGACCCAAGCUGUGCAGUGGACUGAGAACCCAACUGGAGGAAAGACAGGCAGAGGACCCUCGAAGAAAGAGUUUAAAUACAGCCCAGCCUUCCCUCCACACAUCCGGAUUCAAAACCGCUUCGAAUAAAGGAAUACACAUUUCCUCAGCCAAUCUGGAGAGAGCCAAGCUUCUUCUGGAAGAGGCCGAGUCUGGAAAGACUUUCAACUCUCACUCCACCAAAAGCGACAGUGCUGUGAAUCAGCAAAUGAGCAGAAGCAACAAAUCAGGAUUCAUCGUCUCUAAUUCACAUCAAUCGCCCUCUUUGGGGGGAUUGGAGGACGCCGGCUGCCACCUGACAGAGUCUCAAAAAGCUGAUGUGACAGAGCUGUGUACGCUCUUGGAGGAGGCUGAAAGCCAGUUUGAAUUUACACAGUUCAAAACCGCUGAAAUGAAACAGAAUUCACAAGGGCCUGUCACUUCACCUCCCAAAACCGAGAAAGAACUCGACGCUGAUUUACUUGCAGGCAUAGAUUUCGAUGACAGCUUCCCCUCGGAUGCUGACAGGCAGCCGGCGUCGGCCGGGACGCCUGACAGAGUCACGUCAGGUACAAAUAAAACAAAGUGUGGAGCAUCAGAUUCACCGGGGGAGUCUGAAAGUGUGUCAGAUGAACUGAAAAAAGUGCAUCCCUGUGAUGAAGGCGGGCCUUCUUCUUCAGUGCACGUGUCUGAAGGAAGGACCUGUGUUAUUUCAACUAAACCACUAAACCUUCACAGAGCUGGAAACACUGAAACGAGCAGAAAUCCUUCAGCGCUCGGAGUUUCAUUCAAGAGUGCCGGAGGAAAUAUUCUGACGGUUUCAAAAGCAGGCCUGAGCAGAGCAAGAGCGUUGUUUGCAGAUUUAGAGAAGCUCACAGAUCUGAAAUCAGCAGACGGCCAGGUUGAUACCAAACAAAAUCACAGCAUGGAUUCUUCUGUUAGGGAGGAAGUGACCCUGAAAGACAAGAGAGUUCCGAGGGAUAAAGAUGCUCCUGAAAGUUUUAACAACUGCAAAACGGCCACCGCAACCUGCCAGAGUGGCUUCCACAAGGCGAGUGGCAAAGCCAUCUCAGUUUCAGCAAAAUACAUUCAACAGGCCCAUGCUCUCUUCAAAGACUGCGACAUCCCGGAGCACGACAGCAGAAUAUCGGUUAAAGAGAGUAAAAGCAGUGGCCCAGUGGCUGAAAGUAUUAAGAAAAGCUCGAUGAUGAAAUCCAGCCUUUCUGAUGAACGAACCAGUGGAAUCGGAGUUGGUUGUAACGGUACACUGAUUCCACAAAACCCAGUUUCCACUUCAAAGUCUGCUUCUUCCCCGCCAUGCUGGUCAUCAAAGAGUAUUGAUUCCUCUUCCAUCGAUGGAUUGAUCAAGGCCGAUGGAUUCCACACAGCCAGUGGAAAGAAAGUAACCGUGUCAAGUGACUCACUGAGAAGGGCUGAAUAUCUGUUGAAGGAACAUUCUGCACCUGAGGACACGUACGAGGAAAGGAGCCACAGAAAUCCUGGACAGCGCUCCUCUAGUGGAUUAAAGACGCCUGGUGGAAAAGGAGUCGCCAUUUCAUCUACAGCGCUAAAGAAAGCGAAAGCGUUGAUGCGUGGAAGUCAUGAUGUCGAGGAUAACUUCAGUGAGAAACCACCUCAACGGCAGACGCCCAUUCCAGGUCCACCACCCGGGAAGGGAGGGUUUGUUUCAGCCAGCGGAAAGCCUGUGGCGCUUUCAUCUGAGGCCCUUCUGAAGGCUAAAGCUCUGUUCAGUGACAUUAGUUUGAGCGUUGAUGUUCCUCCAAAUUCAGACACAAAGACGAGUGACGGUAAACAAGCCUACAUGGAGAAUAUUAACAAGACUUACCCUGAUUUGAAAGCUCCAGUUGAUGAGAAUGUUCAGGGGUCUCAGUUUAGUCUGUUAAAAGCUAAAGUAGAUGAUUCUGUUUCAGCAAAAGCAAUGCAAGAGGCAGGCGGGUUUGUCAAAGACAGUAUGGACCGUAGCGACAGGAUUCCUUUAAAGCCUGAGAAAAAUGAAGCAUAUCUUAAAAACAAAUCCUCCUCGGGUCUGAGAUCAGGUCAGAAGGUGACUGUAAACAUCUCUGGAGAGCCUGGAAAUGGAUGCAUCAAAGCAAUCAACGGACAAAUGAAGCAAAAAGCCGAGACUUUGCCCCGUCAGAAUGGAGGAUUCCAGACAGCCAGUGGAACAACACUCACUGUUUCAUCUGAGGCUCUGAGCAAAGCCAGAACUCUGCUGAGUGAGUGUGAAGAAGUUGGGUCUGAAAUCAGUGCGUCUCCUCCACAUUUCAAAGUUUCACUUCCUGGUCCAUCAUCCAGAAGCCGUGGAUUCCAGGCGGCCAGCGGUAAACGAGUGUCGGUUUCUUCUGAGUCCUUACAGAGAGCCAGAGCUCUCUUCAGUGAUAUCCAAGCUGUUUCAGACACAAGGACGAGUGAUAAGAAGGAGAAGUCUGAUAUGGAUGGAAGUACCAUCGAAAAGAACCUUUCCAAAGCACAGUCGGAUCAAAGGGGCGCGGCAAAUAUUUCCGAAGUGGGUGAAAAAACAUUCAUUGAAGGCAAAAAUAAACACAAGAAACAAAUUGCGAAUGCUUUUCCCCCACUGGGUGGAGGAUUCCAGACGGCGAGUGGGAAAGGCGUCGCCGUUUCAUCUGAAGCUCUGAGGAAAGCUGAAACUCUGCUGAGUGAAUAUGAAGGGCUUGAGGAUGAAAGCAUGGGAUUCCUGCCUCCUUUCAAGGCUCCAGCUUCUUCCCUGUUGCCCAGAAACAACGGAUUUCUGGCAGCCAGUGGCAAACAUGUGGCUGUUUCCUCUGAGGCCUUACAGAGAGCCAAAGCUCUUUUCAGCGACAUCGAUUUGAGUGCAGACAUCCAGGCUGUUUCAGCUCCACGGACGAGCGACAACAAGCAAGACAAGGGUGAAAAUACUGAGAAAAUGCAUCGUGGUUUCACCACAGCGCGAGGAGAGAAAGUCCACGUCUCUCAGAAAAGCCUGUUGAAAGCAAAACAUCUUUUAAAAGAAUUUGAUGAUUCUGUUUGUACAGCAGAAAUGCAGGAGGCAGAUUGUUUAACCAAAGAUUAUGGUAUGGAUGGAAAAUAUAACAUACAGCCUGAAAAUGGAUUCUCUGAAGACGCCAACAAACAAGUGAAACAAAAAUCAAACACUUUGCCUCCACAAAGUAACGGAUUCCAGACAGCCUGUGGAAAAGAAGCUACCGUCUCAUCUGAAGCUCCAAGGAAAGCAAGAAAUCUGAGUAAAUCUGAAGGAGCUGAGGAUAGAAUGGGUGCUGCUCCUCCACAUUUCAAACUUCCACUUCCUGGUCCGUCAUCCAGAAACUGUGGAUUUCAAGCAGCCAGCGGUAAACAAGUGUCCGUUUCCUCUGAGGCCUUACAGAGAGCCAGAGCUCUUUUCAGUGACAUCGGUUUGAGUCAAGAUAUCCAAACUGUUUCAGACUGUAACAAACAAGACGGCGGUGAAAAGCCUCAAAUGUUCAGCGGUUUCACAACAGCAGGAGGAGCAAAAGGCCACGUUCAAGUUUCAAUAGACCGACAUGAUCUGCUCAACUUAGAUCGAUCAAUAGAAAAGAGGCUGAAUCAUUUAAUACCUGGUGAAAACAACAGGUCUACUAAUGAAUGUGCUUCUUUAGGAGGAAAAUCUUUUAACUCAGCUCAUGAAAACAAAGCGGCAGAAGGUUCAACAGAAGUUCCAGUUGAAUUCCAAGACACCGUAACUCCAGCAAAGGUCGUCGACCGACAUCUCAGCCCUGGACUGGAAAAACUGAAUGUAAAUCAGUCCAGCUGUCGCAGAGAAGCUAAAGUUCCAAGAGCAAAAGAGUUCUCACUGGUGAACUUCCAGUCACUUCACCUCACGGGCUGCACUGAAACCCAGCAGGACUUUCUUGCACAGGAGGCUUUUGACUGCACAAAGGCCUUGCUGGAAGAUGAAAGUCUCUCAGGUCAGGGGUUUUCACCAACUUCAGAAUUCAUGCAGUUUCCAGAAAGCCCGAAUUCCAGCAGUAGAUCCUCAAAAGGGAACAACGGAAAAGGGAAAAGAGCGUUGCUACAUGAUGAUCUUGCAGGCCAGCCGCCACUGAAACGACAGUUACUCGAGCAGUUUGACAAGAGUGUUAAUCGUUCAAGAAGUUCGUCUCUACAACCAAUGAAAAGUUGUCCAAACGAUGACCGAGACAGAGGAGUUUUCAAAUACAGUGACUCUCUUCAGCCAAACGUCACGAGGCCGCACAGGAGUGGGAAACACCACGAGGAAGACAAGCUGGAAAGCACAAAUCAAGCGUCAGCCUCAGGAGACAACAAGUCGGCGCCUUCCAAGAUGCCUGCGUUCGUUCCUCCUUUCAUCAAAAAUGCACGAACUGACUCUUGUGGGAAUACGGCGGCCAAGGACAAAACAAGAGCUGCUGCUUUUGUUCCUCCGUUUAAAAAACAAAGGAGUAAUCCGCAAGAGAACGCUUCCAAGCUUCAACAGGAAGACCAGGAUGAAGAGCUGCGCCGCGUUGUAAAGUCUUCAGACAGCAGCACCUCUGCACCGCCCACUAAGAAAACAGAUGAGGCCACAAGUGAAGCUCUGGUAAACGAUCCAGUCCGUCCAGUGGAGGGUGGAUCUGCUGACUCUUCAUGUGUCCACGAGACUCUCUCUACAAGCAGAGAUUUUUAUCAGAACCUUCAAAAUACUGAGCUGGCUCGAGAUAUGCAGGACAUGAGGAUCAGGAAAAAGAAGCGCCAGACCAUACGGCCGCUGCCAGGAAGCCUGUUUCUCACCAAGACCUCUGGAGUGGCGAAGGUCCCGUUAAAGGCUGCAGUGAAUGGAAAAGCCCCCGGAAGAUACACCCCGAAAGAGCUCUACGGUCAUGGAGUUCACUGGCAUGUCAGUGAGAUCACGAGUGAGACUGCAGGAUCUUUUCGCUUCAAUUUGCUGCAGUUCAUCCAACCGGACGCUCUGGCAGAAGGGGGCGGCGUUCAGCUCGGGGACGGAGGCUGGCUGAUCCCCAGAAACGACGGGACGGCGGGGAAGGAGGAGUUCUACAGAGCGUUAUGCGACACCCCAGGCGUGGAUCCAAAACUCCUCAGUGAGGCCUGGGUGUUCAACCACUACCGAUGGAUCGUGUGGAAGCAGGCGUCCAUGGAGAAGUCCUUUCCAGAAACCAUGGGCAGCCUGUGUCUCACCCCGGAGCAGGUCCUGCUGCAGCUCAAGUACAGAUACGAUGUGGAGGUGGACCGCAGUCGCAGGCCGGCGCUCAGAAAGGUUCUGGAGAAGGACGACACGGCAGCUAAGACCCUGGUCCUGUGUGUGUCUGGGAUCGCCUCCAUGGGUCUCUCCCCAAACAAGAACGCCAAAACCCCUCAAGGCGCCGACGCCAAGCUUCAGUCUCCACCUGCGGUCGUCUGGCUGACGGACGGCUGGUACGCCAUCAGAGCCCAGCUGGAUGAACCUUUGACCGCCAUGCUCCACAGAGGUCGCCUGGCCGUCGGGGGCAAGCUGAUUGUCCACGGCGCUCAGCUGGCGGGGGUGCAGGAUGCUUGUCCGCCUCUGGAGGCGCCAGAGUCUGCUAUGUUAAAGAUUAGUGCCAACAGCUGCAGGCCUGUACGGUGGGAUGUCAAACUGGGCUUUUAUAAGGAUCCGCGGCCGUUCCUGCUGCCAGUCUCCUCUCUGUACACCAGCGGGGGGCCGGUGGGAUGUGUUGACAUUCUGAUCCUGAGGAGCUACCCCAUCCAGUGGAUGGAGAGGAAGCCGGACGGAGGCGUCGUGUUUCGUUCCGUUCGGGCGGAAGAGAAGGAGGCCAGACGACACAGCAGCCACAAGCAGAGAGCUAUGGAGACCUUGUUUGCCAAGAUCCAAGCUGAGUUUGAACAGGAGGAGAAAGGGAAUAUCAAGCCUCAACGGCGACACCCGCCAAGGAACUACCAGGACAUCACAGCUCUGCAGGAGGGGGAGGAGCUGUACGAAGCAGUGGGCGAUGACCCAGCUUACCUGGAGGCUCAUUUGAGUGAACAUCAGCUGGAGGCUCUCCGUGCCUACCAGCAUUCUCUAAUGGAGAAGAAGCAGAGAGAGCUGCAGGAUCGAUGCCGCCGCGCCCUGGAGGCAGAGGACGGUGAGAUGAAGUGUCCCAAACGAGACGUAACGCCGGUGUGGAGACUUUGUGUUGCUGACUCCCUGGAUCAGCGGAGUAAAGUGUAUCAGUUGAAUCUGUGGCGGCCGUCUGCAGACCUGCAGUCUUUAUUAAAGGAAGGCUGUCGUUACAAAGUCUAUAACCUCGCCACUUCAGAGGGAAAGAAACGGAGCGGGAUCGAACAUGUUCAGCUGACCGGGACAAAGAAGACCCAGUUUCAGGACCUGCAGGCUUCCCCCGAAUGGUUAUCGACUCGCUUCCAGCCAAGAGUCACGACAAGUUUUGUAAAUCUUCAGAACCCAGACUUUCAGCCUGUUUGUGGAGAAGUCGACGUGACGGGUUACGUCAUCAGCGUCGUAGACGAACAGGGGUCUUGUCCUGCGUUUUAUUUGGCUGAUGGGGAAGUGAACUUUGUGAAAGUCCGCUGUUUCAGCAGCUUCUCUCAGUCUGGCUUGGAAGAUGUGGUAAAGCCGUGCGUCCUGCUGGCGCUGAGUAACCUGCAGCUGCGAGGCCAGUCCAUGAGUCCCACGCCUGUGGUUUAUGCUGGAGAUCUGACGGUUUUCUCUACAAAUCCCAAAGAAGUUCAUCUCCAAGAAUCCCUCAGCAAAAUCAAAGUCCAGGUCCAGCGACAAGGUAACUUCUUUCAAACUGCUGAGGAGAAACUUUCCCUCUUGAUAAAAUCUGGAAAACCACAAACCCCGGCUCCGACAGCAGACACCAUGACCAGGGUUUCGUCUCACAAGCCUGUCACAAGUCUGGGAUCCUUCACGCCUGUCAACAGACAUCCUCCUGCAGCGACGUCUUCCUCAGAAAAAGACCCCAGAAGCUUGAAGAGAAAGCGAGCGUUGGACUACCUGUCUCAUAUCCCGUCCCCACCGCCUCUCUCCCAUCUCAGCUCGCUGGCUUCUCCGUGUGUAAAUAAGACUUUCAAUCCCCCUCGGAGGUCUGGGACACUAAGCACUUUAAAAACUGUACGCGCUCCAGCUCCCAAAGCCACGGAGUCACUGCAGGAGAAGGAAUGGGUGAAAGAUGAAGAGCUGGCGAUGAUCGACACUCAGGCGCUGCAUGUUGAGUAAAACGCUAAAGAAACAAAAC